GGAACCGCCACGGCCGCCGCCCGCCCUGAGCCCAGCGCAGUCCCGAGCCCGGCCGAGCCUGGCGGCGCUGGGACCGCGGCUGGGUUUGGGAGCAGCCCGGAGAAGAGGUCGUCCCCACUGCCGCGAGCGGGGCUGCCGUCGCCAGCAAAACUGGGAGGGCCGCUGGGCUCCGCGCCGGCCGCCUCCGGAGCUGCCGGGUGUGGGCGCAGCCCGGAGGUGCCUGGAGCUGUGGGUGCCGGAGUAGCCGAGGCAGCCGCCGGCGGAGGAGCCGGAGCGCGGAGGCUGCGUGACGGCAUUGAUGCGGCAGGAUGACAGUGAAACUGGGAGAGAGCAGCGGGGAGGAAGGGGUGAAAAAGCUGGGCAAGAGAGCAGGAGGAGAUGAGGAGUCCCUGGAAGAAGAAGGGGCAGGAGGAGGAGGAGAGGCAGCUCCAGGCAGCAGCAGCACAAAGAAAGAAGAGAAGAUCAUUAACAGCAACACUACCAGCAGCCCCCCACCGAACCCCAGCUUGUCAACGGCCCCUGCCUCUCUCCAGCCCUCCCAGAGCCAGGACCAGCAUCAUUUUCUCAGGUCCAGUGUCAGACCUCAGAGCAAGAGACUGAAGAAGGAUUCCCAGGCAUCCUCCUCGGUAGGCAGCAGCACUGCUGGGAAAGGCAAAGCAGCAGAUAAUGGAGGGGCUGCACCUGGUGGCACGUCAGGAAUUCCUCCCAGCAAUCCUGCUGGGAAUUCCAAGUCAGCAGCAAGGAACCUGGGUUCUUCAGCAGGAGAGAAGGAAGAAGGGAAGAAGGUCCGACGGCAGUGGGAGUCAUGGAGCACAGAGGACAAGAAUACUUUCUUUGAGGGACUGUAUGAGCAUGGGAAGGAUUUUGAAGCUAUCCAGAACAACAUUGCCCUGAAAUACAAGAAGAAAGGCAAACCAGCAAGCAUGGUGAAGAACAAGGAGCAGGUCCGGCACUUCUACUACCGCACCUGGCACAAGAUCUCCAAGUACAUUGACUUUGACAAUGUGUUUUCUCAGGGGCUGAAAAAAUCUUCCCUGGAGCUGUAUGGCUUAAUCUGCUAUGGGGAACUAAGGAAAAAGAUCGGGGGAUGUAUGGAUGACAAGAACGCAGCUAAACUCAAUGAGCUCAUUCAAGCCGGGGCUACAACUGUUCGUUACAAAGGCAGAAACCUGCGUAUCAAAGCUCCCAUGUGCAGGGCUUUGAAGAAACUCUGUGAUCCAGAUGGUGUGAGUGAUGAAGAGGACCAAAAGCCAGUACGACUUCCCCUCAAGGUCCCUGUGGAGUUGCAGCCACGGAAUAAUCAUGCAUGGGCUCGAGUACAGAGUCUUGCCCAGAACCCACGGCUUAGGAUGAUCGUGGAGUUACAUCGGAAGGUCUCCAGCCUCCUUGAAUUCCUGAAGCAGAAGUGGGCUCUACAUGAAGUGCGGGUUCGUAAAACACUUGAAGAACAGCAACUUAGAGACUCCAGAGACUCAGAAACAAGAGGCAGCUUCUCAGAGGAGAAAGUGAUGCUCCAUCUCUUUCCAGGGGAGAACUGUACCAUCACUCCACUGCCUGGGGUAGCCAGAGUGGUCCACUCUAAGGCCUUCUGUACCGUGCAUUGGCAGGAAACGGGCAAAUGCAAACAGAACACAAAAGACUCUCACUUACUCCCCCCUGCCCAAAUUCUUGGCAUACAGAGUGGUCAGGGGACAGCAAGGGGACAGCUGAAAUACCUGCGGGGGAUGGAAGGUAAGGGUGUGGGAAGGGGAGAGAGCACUGCAGAGCCCAGCAGAACCUUGCAGCCUACAGCUGAAGUUUCUGCAAGCACUGAAGAUGGUGCCCCAGAGCCUGUCCUGGUGGAAGGAAUAGCCUCAAAUCUUGGCAUCACUAAUUCCCUCCAGAAACCGCUUUCUGGACUUCAGGAUCCAGGAGGGCACCAGGAAAAGCUGAGCUCAGUGGCCCCCGGCAUGGAGGGCAGGGAGGCCCUGGCUGGUGACCAAGCAGGUGUGCUACCCUCGUGCAGCUCAGAGUGUGCUUGCAGCAAGAUCCCUGAUGUGGAGGAGCUCUCUCUGCUCGAUCCAUUCCCACGGUACAUGAAGUCCUGCCAGGACCUAAUUGUCCCAGAGAAAUGUUCCUGCACAGACAAACCGCAUGGGAAAGAGACUGCUUCAGCAGCUGGUAAUGCUUCUCCAGUGGCUUUUCCAAGCAGGAGGAGUGCAGAGACCUCUGACUCUUGUUCCCAGCUGCUGAGAGGUGGUGUGGCUUCCCCUGGCAGCAGCAGAUGUGAAACUCAGGCCAGCCACAGCCAGGGCCAGCAGCUUGAUACUUGUACCAAGGAUAUCACAGAUGCAGUAAUGGAGGAUUCUCAAGAGAAGCUGGGCUCCUCAUUUCCACCUCCACCUCAGGGACAAUCCAGUACAAAGUCUCUCAAGGAUGACCCAAGUCGGCUCUCCCAACAAGUUAGAGAAGAAGGAUGGAGUCUGCGAACCUCUGAGAGCCUUACACUGGCUGAAGUCUACCUCAUGAUGGGCAAACCGAACAAGCUGCAGCUGGAAUAUGACUGGUUGGCUGUCUUGGAGCCAGAAACCCAGCAUGCUAGAGGGCAGACAUCUGAGUCAAGUGCUGUCCCUGCAUGUCCUGCCUUUCACAAGCAGAGACUCUUGAAUUGCCUUCUGAGACUCAUCUCUACUGAAGUCAAUCCCAAAUCAACACCUGAGAUGAGCUCCAUUGCCACAUCACCUAUAAAGCCUGCUCAAGAGGAGCAGGCCCUGACUCCCCCGGGAAAGGUAAUUGCCAUCAACACCAGGAGUCCUGGCUGCUCACGGAAUCAGUCUGCCCUACGCAACAAGACUUCUUCUCCUGGUGCUGCUUCCAGCUCCUCAGGUUUGAGAAACCUCCCUAGACCUCUCUUGGUGGCUAGCCCUUCAAGUUCUGGGAGCACUGAGGCCGACAGUGGACUGUUUGCAGUCCCUACAACCCUGCCCCCCAACAGCCGCCAUGGGAAGCUGUUCCUACCCAGCAAGGAGGCAGAGCUGACCUUCCGGCAGCACCUGGACACCAUCAGUAUGCAGUCGGACUUCUUCCUUCCGAAGCCCAGGAAGUUACGGAACAGGCACUUGCGGAAGCCACUGGUAGUACAGAGAACACUGCUCCCUAGACCAUCUGGAAAUCCAUCCCAGCAUGUCUGUUCCUUUUCUAUCUUAUCCAACUCAUCCAUUACAGGGAGAGGUUCAUUUCGGCCAAUCCAGUCCUCCCUGACUAAAGCUGCUGUUUCUCGUCCAAUUGUGCCCAAAGUUCUUCCAACACAGGCCACCAACCAUCUGUCUAGUGCUAUUGACUUGGCAGCUAAAAGUGCUGGCAUUAUCCCUGGUAGUCCCAUGCCUGUCCUGGAUGCAGAUGGUUUGCCAGGUGUGUCUCCAUUGUCACCGGAUGCAGUGCCCACAGUAGUGACAGGGCAGGAGCCAGCAGUAGCACAUCAGAAUGGAGGCUCCAUCACCACUGCGGAGGGCUCAGGCCCAGGGUGCCGGGUGCCAUACAUCAGCCUGCCGACCCGGCCCGAGCAGGAUAGCUUCCAGAGUACCUCAGUCCUUUCUAUGCCAGAACUGGCCAAGACUUCUCUCCAGAAUGGUCUGUCCACCCCUCCACUUCCCUCAUCAGAAGCUUCCAGUACUCGGCUCUCGCCUCCCAAUGUUUCUGCUCUCUUGGAUAUUUCCCUGCCUGGACCACCUGAAGAUGUGCUUUCCCAAGGCGAACCUGCCACUCAGAUCAGUGAUUCCAUCAUUGAAAUAGCCAUUAGCUCUGGCCAAUACAGUGAAGGUGUUUCUCUCUCUCCUGCAAAGCUGAAUGGCAGUGACAGCUCCAAAAGUCUUCCGUCCCCAUCCAGUAGUCCUCAGCAGAACUGGAUUGCAUCUCCCACCCAUGAUCCCCAGUGGUACCCCAAUGACUCCACAGACUCCUCCCUUAGCAGCUUGUUCUCAAGUUUCAUCUCCCCAGAGAAGGGUCGAAAAAUGUUACCAACUCCAGCUGGGAACACCAGUGGCACCUCCUUACUGGGACCCAGCCUGCUGGAUGGAAACUCACGGGACUCCUUUGUGUCUCGGUCCCUCGCAGAUGUGGCAGAGGUGGUGGAUUCCCAGCUGGCUUGCAUGAUGAAUGAGAACAGCAUAGAUUACAUAUCUCGGUUUAAUGACCUUGCCCAGGAACUGUCAAUACCUGAGCCCACUCGCAGGGAGAUCCUGUUCGAUGGAGGAGGUGGUGGUCCCCCCACUGGGGAUCUGUCACACUAAGGGAAUGACCAGCAGGCUGGUGCAGACUGUUCAGCUAAGUUGGAGCUUGCAAAGCUGGAACUUGACGAGGGAGCAGCUGAGUCUGAGUUAUCCCUGUCCUGUGUGCUUCUUUCUAAGAGAGAAGCAUUUGUUUCAAAGGUCUCAAGAAAUACUUGCAAGUCCUGGAAUGUGCAAUAUGCUGUCAACGAUAGAACAUGGAAUAACAUUACAGAAGAUAGUGUGUCCCUGCAUCAGCGAUGUAAGACUGCAGGUUUGUGGGACAGUCCUGAACUUGUACUUUGGAAUAGCCUAAGCAAGCAGCUCAGGUAGGGAUGGGAUUGCUACAAGUUCCUGUUUAUGAAUUAUUGUUUGCAUAGUGAUCAAAAUGCCACGCCUUCUGAGCCCUGUGAAAGUUGUGGAGGAUGAAGGGUAGCGUGGGUAGGGGAACCAUUGUAUAUCUUGGCACAUCCUAUUUGGCAGCCUUCUUACCAUUCAGUCAAACUGAAGUUCUUGCACUCUGUUCAGGGCACUUCCACUCCUUGAUGCUGUGUUCUUACAGACCACCCUGUUCCUUUGGCUCUUUGAGCAUUUCAGCAGGGCUCACACCUGCUUGCUUCUUUGGUAGGGAAGCUCUGAUCUGCCCUCCUCCCAUGUUGCUUGGAUCCCCUACUUUUAAACCCCAUCACAUCACAAUCAUCAUCAUCACCCUGACUGCACUCAUAUUCUUAACCUUUGAGAUUCUUCAGCACAUGGCACAGUUAACCCUGUGAGUGGGAGAGUGCUUCAUUGCUCUCCCUGAAGAACAGUUGCUUUUUAGGUCUGGAAACAUGGCAAAAGAGCUUACACUAGGAAAACUCUGUCAUAAUUUGUCUUGGCUUUGCUGGAAACAUGUAAAUAUUGUCAUCUUCACAGAAACUGAGGAUUUACCUGGGAGAGGAAAUAGGAAAGAAUAUUGUAAUAUAUAGGAAUAAAUACUAGGUUAAUGCUAAAGCCGUUGAGAUCGGUUUUGUGUUAUGAAGAGAAGUGUCAAGUCCUAGCUUGAUCCCUUACUCCUUCCCAACUUCCUCUUUCUUCUGUGAACUCUGGGUGCUCUGUAGUACCUCACCAUCAUUCUUCAUUACAGUCACUCCCAGGCGUGAGUGGGUCUGGCACCCCCUCUCUCAAAUCCCUGUGCAUUAAAUGUUGUGUUUUACUGUAGGAAAAACCCUGAUACUGAUUCCAGUGGGUUCAACAGGAUAGCAAGUUAAUAGUUAAUCCAUAGUUAAUUUCUGGGGAGCUGGUUGUCCGUCAAUUCUAGCUUUGUAACUCAGGAGGCCUCUCCCUCUCCCUCUCCCUCUCCCUCUCCCUCUCCCUCUCCCUCUCCCUCUCCCUCUCCCUCUCCCUCUCCCUCUCCCUCUCCCUCUCCCUCUCCCUCUCCCUCUCCCUCUCCCUCUCCCUCUCCCUCUCCCUCUCCCUCUCCUCUCCUCUCCUCUCCUCAGCGCUGCUCCUAUAUAGACCUCAACUUUGUAUUAAUAAUGAAUAAACAACCCUUCUCCAUCCCAUAGGCUGUUAUGGCAGGUUCAUUUCCCAACUUGCACUAUACUUGGUGGAUGUAGUUCUGCUUGCCUUUAGCUACUCGUAGGAGGCAUUUCUUUGACUGGGAGUCUGUUGUAACUUGCUCACAAUGCAGUGACUCUGCUUUGGGCAGAUGAUUUUUAUCUUCUCAGAGUUGGCCUCAUGUUUUCUGUCAUUAGGAGAAAAUUGAACAAGUUUUCUGAUGCACACAGAGCCUAGUUUGAGAAUUCUGAUAGAAUUGUCAGGAAAUCCCAUUAACCUGGAAUAGGAAAAGUUGAAGGCUGUCACAGAAAUGAAUGCUGGGGCCUGUUUUGUUCUGAGCAUUCCCCCCCUGGUAUAGAGAAGACACCUGUUACUCUCAAGAGUCAUGCCCACUAAAACUUUUCAGUUUUACUUAUAAUUUAGCUGUGUUUUGGUUUGGAGUUUCCCAGAUUGUUCCCUCUUGGUUUUGGGUUCCUCCGUUACUAAUGCUGAUUAUUCUGUAUGCUGUGUCUCCAGAAAUCCUUCAGAUUUGCAGGACAAAAGUAGAAGGCACCUACUAUGGCUGUGGAUUACAGAACGUGCAGGAGGAAAUGUGUUACAUUCUAAUCAAGUACUGUCUAAAAAGAAAUCUGAACUCUCAUUCUUAAAACUUCUUAAUAUUGCAAGAGUAAUGUGAGGGUCUCCAGUGUAUUUGUAACUUGACAAACUUUUCAUCUUCCCUACUGAUGCUGGUAACACAGUGGAUAUGACACUGGGUUUGGCCCUGGAGUUGCCUAGCAUAAAGCCCAGUGUUGCUGUACCUGCUGCAGGAGUGGAGAGCAGAGCAGAUCAUCCUGAUCCGUGAAGGCUUUUUGCCUGCGAUACAAGGAGCUGUCAGCUGCCUUGCCUCAGCCUACCCAGGGGAAAGGACCCAACUGCAGAAGGAAGGCAGAACAAGUGGCUAUUUUUGAUGAUGCCAUGACAUCAGAAAACUUCUAAUACCCUGAAUCUCUACAAGUGGGCUUGAACCACCCAGUAAUAACAGAGUAUAAAUUACAGAAAUCAGUUCAGCACUCAGAAUGCUGGGUUAGAAGUGUUUGCCAUCAGCCCCUUAAAAGUUGGCAUUAUGAAGCAGAGUUUGAUUUCAGAAAUGUAAUGCAUUGCAAACUGCUUUUUAAGAAUAAAGUCCUUUGAGGAAAAGGGAAGAACUUAAGAAUAAUUAAGAUCAUUGUGGUAAUUCUGAAUUGAUGCAGUAUUUGUUACCCUUACUAUAUGAAAGGCCAUUUAAACACAUUUCUGAUCAGACCAGCUCUAGAUUAUAGGUGAACAUACUUUACAAUAGUGGUCAUCAUCAGUUUGUGCCUGAGACUGCUAAGGAGGUGGUGUAUACACACACACACAUGUGCAUGUGCGUGCACUGAUGGUGAGGGGGGGUGGUAAUACUCAAAACUUCUUCAAUUUUAAUUAUUUCAGCUUCCCCAACAACAGUAACAAAAUCUGUAUGAGGGACAAUGUCAGGCUAAGCAGACAUCCAAGCAAGUGACGCUGAAAUGCACACAGUAUCAUUUCUGAGGUAGAAGUGACUUAAUUAGGUGAGUACUUUCCUGGGGCACUAUGAGGAGUUGGAGAGGACUAAGGGACACUAGCAGUCUCCAGGUCUAGGAUUAACUGCUCUAGGCUUUUCCCUCUCAGUGACCAUAAGGCAGUUCUGAGUAGCUGACAAGGUAAAGGGCAGAGGAUUGGGUGUCUCAUCACCAUGGGCGGGGUGCAGAGUAGUACCAUAGCCCAAGGCUGGAUCCUCCCAAGUGUGUGUGCAGAGAUCUGACAGAGAUCUGUACAGGGUGUUGCAUUCUGAUCACUCACACAGUCCAUUUUAUACUGCAUCCCUAAAUCUACUAAGCAUAGGAAUAGUAAUUGUUUUUCAUACAGCAUUGUUAAGCCUUUUUUUGACGCCCUCUGUAUUUUUUAAUUGAAGUAAGUGGCUUGAUUCAAAUCUAACUUAUAAAGACAUCUCAUUUACUGACAGCAGAUCCCAGAGUGGAAAUUCAGUUGCAUUUUGUUUUCUACACCCAGACUUCAGAUGCAUUUAUAAGGAAAGUACUGCACUUUUUUUUAACCUUUUCAAACCUUUCAAUCUGUUAAUUUCACAGCAAGUUGUAAAUGUUACCUAAGUGAAACCUUGGCAAGCACUACGGCAAUAAGUUAUCAGUAAUUAUUGAAACGUGAUAACUGCUUUAGAGCUUAUGGUUCUGGCAGCAAAAUGUAAUGCUGUUUCUUUUAAUAAUAGUUAAGCCAUAUCAUCUAAGGUUUCUGGCUUGUUUGAGAUGUGAAUUUGUUUUAUAGAUUAUAAAUAUACCUAUAUAGUGUAUGUAUAAAGCAAAAUGCCUGUCCUUACUGAUUAUUUUUUGUACCAUACUGUAAAUUAUAUUAUUUAUUCUUUACCAAUUUUGGAAAAAGGUGUUUUGGUUAUUUAAUAUAAUAUACAAAAGCUGUUAAACUUCUUCUGUUUAAAUUUCCAAUUCAACUUGUAAAGCUGUUUUUAUUCUUGUGCAUAAAUACAUACUAAUACUUGAUCUAA